AUGGCCACAUCUGAGCCGCUGCUCCACGGCGAUGCCGAGCAUACUCGGCCUCCGCUGGUGGAGGGGCGCCUGCAGAGGUGCAGGCGUGUGAGCCUCGCGCUCGCCACGGGGCUUCUGGCUGGGGCGGGGAUCUUUCUGGGCCUGCGAGGUCCUGAGGCUGUGGACCAGGCAGCGCCAACCGUGGCGCUGGCGGAUUCCGAUUUCAGGUCUUCCAUCGUUCGCCUGAAGAUCUUCGGCGGUCCAGAGCCGCCUCCGAGGGUCUUGGACUGGGUGCCCCGAGUCUGCACACAUCUCUACGAGGGGCCGCAGUGCUCCAACGUGACACACUGGAAAGGAACGGUAAGGCUGGAACUUGACAAUCACGUCAUCGAAGAUGUGCAGAUGCAUUCCCGGGGGCAUUCUUCGGCGAUGUUUCCAAAGCAUCAGUUCUCUCUGAAGCUGCCAAAGCGGAUGCCUCUUUUGGGCAUGGCACCAGCCAGACGAUGGGUGUUGGCCACCUCCUUCGUGGACGUGUCCUUCCAGCGGAAUCCAACAGCAUUCGAGGUAUACCGGAAGCUGGGUGGCUGGGCCACAGAUACCGUGUAUGUGAAGCUGGAGUGGCACGGCUCCAUGCCCCAGUUUGGCUUGUUUCUGAGAGCACCAGAACCCGCUUCCUGGGAGCUGGUAGAGAGUAGAAUCGAUUACGGACUCUACUACAUCGGCGAGCGCGUGGAGUGUGGGGGCGGGCGACUGGAUUCCUGUCACACGCAGCCGAAUCAGCCCGAGGCUUCGGAUUUCCUGCUGACAAUCGACUGGGCAAAGCCGGGCAAGGUGUCACUGCGAAGCAACGUGACUUCCACCUUCUUCAGCGUGCUCCACCCGAAGGGUGCCCUUCCCAGCACCACCGUGGCCUUCCUCCAGAAGCUCGUCGAUUCUGUAGACAGCCUGGCAGCCUCCGGCAACAGGGGGUUGGAAGAACUCCUCGACUUUCAAAGCUUUGUGCGCUACUUCUUGGUAGAGGAGCUGGCCAAGGACGUUGACGGCUACGCAUUCUCGAACCUUGGGACUGCGUUCUGUGUAUCGCAGUUUCAUCUUGGCUUUGCUCUUGCCCUGAACUACGUGAUGGCCCGACAGGGGCGGCUGCUGCACGCUGCUCCGUGGGACUUCGACCUGGCUUUCGACUUUGCUUGCAUGCCGCGAUACUUCACGAACGUCUUCACUGGAAAUGUCUCCUUAGGGGUGCUCAGCUUCGGGCAUGCAUCUUUGGUGGUGAAGGAGAACAUCACAAUAAGGCUGCCAGCAGCUCGUAGCAAUAACAGUGGUAAGGGCAUCAUCAUGAUGAUCAUCAUCAUCAGCUCAUCGUCAGCAUCGUCGUCAUUUGUUGCUGUUGUUGUUGAUGAUGAUGUUGACGGUGAUGAUGAUGGUGAUGAUGAUUGUGAUGAUGCUGAUGAGCAUCAUACCCACCUACCGUCACCAGCAGCGUCACCACCAUCUUCGCAAAUGACGCCUUCAUCACAGUCUGACCGUAAUCCCCAUCGUCACGAUCACCGCAAGAUUCAUCGUCAUUUUCAGCUUCAUGAUUCGUCAUCAUCAUCGUCGUCACCACACCACCACCGCCACCACCGCCACCACCGCCACCACCGCCACCGACACCACCGACACACCACUGCCACCACUGCCACCGCUGCCACCACCGUCCCAUCACCACCCCGCCGCCGCCAUCGCCAUCGCCACCAUCACCACCAACAAAGGUAUAGCUGUGGUCGCAGACACGCCGGCAAGCCCAACCGCCUGUUGACCAGAAGCUCAAGCUAA